GCUCUGACUGACCUGAGUUCACAAUGACCUUAGGAAAUAUACAAAAGGAAAUGCAACAGAAACAGUAUCUUAAUUAAAUCUGCUCUUCCAAAAGCUAUGAAGGUGCUGUUGAUACUUGUGGGAUGUAUCCAACUAGCAACACCCCUGGAACGGGUCCCUCUGGUGAAAUUCAAAUCAAUACGGAGUCACCUUUGGCAAAGGGAUGAACUGAAUGAAUUUUGGUUGCACCACCAACCUCACAUCUUUGCUCGCAAAUACACUCAGUGUUUCCCCCCUCCCUAUUCCUUAGCAGCUGGGACUACUACAGAAUAUCUUGUUGAUUACAUGAAUGCUCAGUACUAUGGUGAGAUCAGUGUUGGGACUCCACCUCAGAACUUCAGUGUGGUGUUUGAUACAGGCUCUUCCAAUUUCUGGGUCCCAUCCUCUUAUUGCCUGAGUGAGGCAUGCCAAGUACAUGAGAGAUUUAAAUCCUUUGAGUCCACUUCCUAUGAACAUGGCGGGAGACCAUUUUCUAUUCACUAUGGCACUGGGCAACUUGUCGGUGUUACUGGCAGAGACACCCUGAGAAUCAGUAAUAUGUCCAUUGAAGGACAGGACUUUGGAGAGUCAAUCUUAGAGCCUGGCAGGACAUUUGUUUUGGCGCAGUUUGAUGGUGUGUUGGGCCUAGGAUACCCCUCACUUGCUGUUGCUGGAGCUGUACCAGUAUUCGACCGGAUAGUAAAUCAAAAACUAGUAGAGCAACAAUUAUUUUCUUUCCAUUUGAACAGGGACUAUGAUUCUGAAUAUGGUGGAGAGCUGAUAUUUGGUGGGAUAGACCACUCUUUGUAUAAAGGUCAAAUUCACUGGAUUCCCCUUACAGAAAAGGGUUACUGGCAAAUAAGGCUUGAUAAUGUUAAAGUUGACGGAGAAGCAAUGUUUUGCCAAAGUAGCUGUCAAGUGAUUGUUGACUCAGGCACAUCCCUAAUCACUGGGCCAAAGGCGGAGAUCAAAAAAUUGCAGGAGCUCCUAGGAGCAACACCUACAUUAUUUGGUGAGUACAUCUUAGACUGCAGUCGUGUAUCCAGCCUUCCAAGGGUUACAUUUACCAUUGGACAGAGGGACUAUACAUUGACUCCUGAGCAGUAUACAAUAAAGGAACGGUCACAGAAAUCAGACUUUUGCUUGACUGGAUUCCAGGCCAUGGAUAUUUCUACAAAAGAUGGACCUCUUUGGAUUCUAGGGGAUAUAUUUAUGUCCAAGUUUUACAGUGUGUUUGACCGUGAACAUGACAGAAUUGGAUUAGCAAAAUCUUGCAAAAAGAAAUAAUGAAUAUUCCAUGAAAUCUUUCCAAUCUGAAGCAAGUUCUCAUCCAAGUUCCAACUGCAAAUAGGGAAUGAUCAAAUUGUCAGGAAGCUUUUGUUCGACAAAUAGGUGUGGUGUAUAUCAAGUAUACAUCUAGACUAUAUAUCUAGAUAUAUAGUAUAUAUGUUAUUGAUGCUUUAACACCGAAAAAGAAACUUUUCAAUGAGCAAACCCAGGAAAUCAGUAUUGUAACAAAAAUGGCAGUUUCAAAGGAUCACAUUGUUUUAAAGGAAAAUUACUACUUACUUUCAAUUCUAUCACCUAAUCGGUAGGGUAUAAAUGUUAGUUAGUUUCACAGUCAAUAUAUGAUAUAUACUUAAGCCGUUUUCAUUUCAGUUUUCCUUAGAUAGUAUUUGCAAAGCUAGGGUUGCCACCAGUCCAAUUUUGAACUGUACAGCCUAGUUCUGAAGGAGCUGUCUGGUUUAAAUCCUCUUGCCUAGUUUCUUCAGGUUGAAAAAUCUGGCAAAAUCCCCAGAGUAUGUGACAUUAUAGCACUGCCCUCACCAUCACAACCCGCCCACAAAUGUCACCAGCCCUUUCCUGACGUCACCAACCAACCGACUGACAUCACUGGCCCUCUCCCCUUGUCCAGAUAUUGAUUGGGACAAAGCUGGCAACCCUACGCAAAAUGAAUAUGUAUUUCUGGCACACAAAUGAAUUUACUGAAUAAGCUGCCAGCAAGGUAGCAGGAGUAGUGGAAAUUCUAUUUAACUAUGUGAUAUUGAUGAAACUGCUAUUUGUCACACGUUUAUUCAUAUUCUUAUGCAUUCUUUAUACACAUUUACAGUACUGUGUUUUAAUGCAUAGUGACUACUGCCCAUGUAGUGCCUGCAAAAGAAGUUUACAUACAUUUUGGGGUGUUUCAGGUUAGACAGUUUUCUACAUUCUACAUUCUGUCAUUCUUGUAUUAUACUUGAUUCUUAUUGUUUGAUAGCUGAGUGUGCCAUAUUGUCUACACACAGAGUUAAAUGGCUAGUAAAUUAUUUUAAGUAAUCACCCAACCUCACAUUGGAUGAGGGGGCCUAGCCCCCCUUUUAGGUUGGGACAGACCGCCACUUGGAACAGAAAAACAGGACCCAUCCUUUACCUAUUGUUAUCCUAUUUGGAUUAUUGUCCUAUGUAAAUCUUAUUCCCUAUCAUCAUCUUGUCACCACGAUCGUCUAUGUUAGUCCACAAUUCGUAAUUAUUUGGGAUCUAAAAGACCUUUAUAUGUUUUAUUUACUGCAUUGCUCAGGGCAAAACAUCUGUAAGGUAAAAAACUAUACUUUUUUGUCAAUUGGUCA